AUGGAUCCAGCUUCAGAUGGGAAUAAGGAUGACUCCUUAUUUGCUGAAUUAGGAGGGGCCAAAAAAGGGCCAGAGAGGAGCAUGUUUCAGCUGGAAAGUCUGAAGCAGGAAUAUGAGGCCCAGCUGGAUCACCUUCGAGAGCAGUUAGCAACAGAACGAAAGAAACAUGAUCGUGAGGAGACGGACCAGCACAUGCCGAAAGCAUCCUACAAAGAGACCACUGACCACUUGCGACAAGGCCUCGGUAGUGACCAACAAGCUGAGCUUGACCAUGCCAUACAGUCCAUUGAGGACAUGCACAAGAAGGAGAUGGACAUUGCCCACCAGCAACAUGUGGACGAUAUCAACCUACAGGUGAAAGCAAUGCGCCUGACCUUAGAACAGAUCUAUACAAGCCAAUUAGACCUGGUGAGGGCAGAUCUGGAAAACCAGCAUAGCCAAUCAAUGGACACUUUACGAGAGAAUCUUACUAAGGAACAUAAGUCAGAAAUCAAUCGUCUGGAAGCUGAUUGGUCAGCUCAAAUGGCAGAGCUGGAGGAGGAGCAUUCAGAAGAACUUAACAGGUCUCUACUAGAGGAUGCUGUAGGUUCGGAACAAUCCAAGGCCACAUACAUCCAAAGCCUGAACCAGAAACUCGCCAAUGAACACCGCAAACUUCUUGAGAAAAUUUCGGAGGAUCUGGGAAAAGGUGCAAACUUUAGAAAGCACACUCCAAAGAAGAAACGGAAGCCAGGAGACAUAACUACCGAAUCAGAAGAUGGGGAUACGGAAACAGAGAGUAUCCAUUCCAUGCCUGUUACUGGGGAGGAAUACCAACAAGUGGAAGAGCGAGAAAAAUUGCUUGAUAGGGUGGAAGAUGUACGUGAGACUUUGGAGGCACAGCGAGAGGAGAUUGCCACACUCCGUGCUGCGAUGCUCACAGAGUACGAACAGCUCUUGGCUCUCCGUACAGAAAGUAUGGCAUCUCACACACAGGAAGUGGAGAAAAUGCAGCAUGAUAUGGAGGACCUCCAGAAGACUUAUGAGGAAAAAAUUCAGGAAUUCCAGGCCAAGGUUGAAUCCAAAACAGGUGAAGCUCUGCGAUUAACUGUCACAGAACAACACAACAAGGAAUUAGAAAUCCUCCAAUCUGUCUACGAACAAAAGCUUCUUGAUCUUCAGGAAAAUUUUGCCAAAGAAAGAGUACAGCACCAAGAACAGAUUGACCAUCUCAUGUCUCUUCAACAGGAAGUUUCUUCUGCACAUGCUCAACAGGAAGCUGAACCUACAGUGACCUCAAGUGAUGAAAAUGUCAAACCUGAUAAAGAAUCCUCUAGUCUUCCAGCUGUAGAACUUGUGAGUGAACUUGAAUCGAAAUUAGCAGAGAAGGACUCAACUAUUGAGAAACUAACUAGUCAAAUUACUGAAAUGAAGGAAAAUUAUGAAAUGAGAGAUACAGGUCUAUCAAAUAUUGAAAAAGAAUUAACUGAUAAGUGCAAAGAACUAGAGGAAAUGAAGAAGGUUCUGGUGGAAAAAGACAACAAAAUCAUUCACUUGAAAAAAGAGAAAUGCGAAGUUGAGGAAAAAUGUGCUAAAGAUAUGCAAGAAUCAGAGAAAAAAUAUUCAAGUGAGAUUGAUGAAAUAACAUCAAGGCUGAUCGAUAUUCAAGCAGAAUUGGAUGCUUCACGUGAGCAGGAACGUAUGCUUGAGGAACAGUAUGAAGAACUACAACAUCAACACGUUCUGGCACUUGAGGGUGCUCAUGAAGAUUUUAACCAUGAAAAGCAUGUAGAGGUGGGCUCACUUCAGUCAGAAUUCCAAGUUCAGUUAGAGAUUGAACUGAAAAGACAAGCAGCAGAUCUAGCAAUUGAUCAUGAAGAAAAGCUCAAGGAAAUUGCCAAAAGUUAUGAGGAAAAAAUUCAGCAACUUAAAACAGAUUUUGAUGAAAAAUUGGUUGACAUUACAACUCGAGCAUCUGAUGCAUCACCAGAUGUAGAAGAUAAAGACACGGACACAGAAAAGUCAACCAUUUUGUCACAAGAAGUUCAGUCGGAUGUUGUUGAUUCUCGUAAUGACGAGGAUGCAGCAAGUUCAAAAGCAAGUACUGUUAUUGAAGUUUCAAGUGACAAAAUGUUGUCGCGUAGACAAGGAUCUGAUAAUUCUAUGGAAAGUGAUCAGGAAUCAGAAAUAGCUACUCCAAGAGGAGGUAAAAUUUCACCAGAGGUGGGCAGUGCAAUGUCAUACGAGACCGAGGAGGAAUCACUUUCUCAGGAUAUUACGCCAGGAAGUGACGAAGCAGACACUACACAAGACACCACACAGGAUACAGACUCAGAAACAGUGUCCGGGCUUUUCAAGGAAAUUUCAAAGGCAAAAGAGGACACACUGUCAUUUCUACGAGCGGAGUAUGAGCAAAAAAUCACUGCACUUGAUGAUCGUUUACGACAGGUAAUGGCUGAAAAUGUUGAAUAUGAAAAAGACAUGGAAGCUCUUAAAGAGCAGUUGGAGGAUGUUUUGUUAGAGAAAGCAAGUACGGAACAGAAGUUAAGUGAAAUGAAAACAAAUUAUGAAAAUAAAUUAAAAGAUAUUGAGUUGUCGUCUCGGACUAGUGAUAUUGAUAAGGUACGGCAGGAGUAUGCCAAGGAGUAUGAUGAAAAUGUGUCACAAAUUCGACGAGAAUUUGAAGAAAAAAUGGAUUUACUAAGACUUGAGUUACAAGAGAGUUUCGAAACUGAAAAAGAUGAUCUUGUCAAGGAGCAUAGAAAGAAGAUGAACGAUAUUGAGGAGAAGUACGAAAACUUAAUUGAAAGUGUAAGAAGUGGAGAUGCUCCUGAAGUCGCAGAUAUUGUCCGUGACAGAAUUGACACAGAACUGGAGAUGGCUAAGACGCUGAUGCAACAGGAAUUUGACGAAACAAUUGAGGCUGAACAGGCUCGAAUGAUGGAACAGCAACAACAAGAAUUGGAUGAUUUACAAUCGCAACAUGAAAGCGAUAUCGCUGAGUGUCGAAAAACACUUCAGGAUCAAUUUGAGACUCGCCUCCAAGAAUUAGAACAACUUCACGUUGAAGAGAUGUCUAAACUGCAACAAGAACUUGCCAAUUUAUCCAUGGAAUCUAUGCCUCAGGAGUCUGACUCGAAGCAGGAUACAUCUAAUCUGCCUAAUGUAGAUGAAAACCAUGCAGAAUUGGUAGCACAAAUAACGGAGAGCUUAAACGAGAAACACAAGAAGGAUCUAGCAACUCUCGAGUCUCAUUAUGAUGCCAAAAUCAAGGACCUGGAAGAUAGAUAUUCUGGGGAGAUAAGCCAGUUGAUGUCUCGUCUUGAAAGUCAUUUGACAAUAAACACAGGGACGAUGGAACUAGCUGGAGUUGUGUCCCCUGUCCACUCUGUACCACGGUUGUCAUUAGACAAAUUGGAUCAGAAGGGGGGUAUGGAAGGACAAGGCACUUCCAGUGAUGACCAGUCUUCAGUUCCCACCCGUAGCACUCCACGUGACCUCGACAGUGAGAGGUCAGUUGACAGGUCAGAAACCAUGGAGACACUCCUACCGCCAGCACAGAUUAGCCCAACCUCAGAGGCGCUCAGUGAUCGCGACCAUGACAGCCUCAAGUCUGAGGAAUUGAUGAUGAGGUUUGACAGUGAGUCCGAAGAUAAUGGGAUGGAGGAGCGACCAGGAGCCAGACUUGGUCAUGUCCCAUCAGACCAAGGCGACUUCAGCUCUGAGGACGAAAUUAUCAGCUCCCCAAGUCAGACCACAGCACCAUUUGAAGUGGAGUUUAUUAUUCCAAAUCAAACCUCAGUCCAGAGCAUGUUACCUGGGCAGGCAACACCUUCAGAAGAGGAGUCAAAAGAACUGCAAAUGGAGGAAAAAGAGCAGGAUGAAAGUGAGGCUGAUCGUAGUGCCAGUCCCGCAGAUAUUUUGUUACAGACCCAGUCAUUGGCUGGAUUUACUUUGCCUGCAUCAACUAUUGGAUCUUCAACAGGAUCACGCUCAGCCGACUUCCAGGAAACAUUGUUGAUGGAAGUGAAGGAAAAGGAUGAAAAAAUCAAACAGUUGGAGGCAGAGAUCCAGGCUUUGAAUGGACAGCUGAAGAAACAAACAGAGGAAGAGAACCUGAUUCUACUACGACGUGAAAGAGAGGCUCAAGAGGAUCAGAACCUAGAAGAACUUCUCCGACAGGAUGUAUCCCGUGUGAAUAAAGAAAGGGACGCAAUACAACAGACAAACGAACACCUGCUUCAGCUGCUGUCGGAUGCAGUCAAGACAUUUAUGAGUGUUGAAGAGGUCAUUGGCAAGAAGCUGUCGAAGAUUGUAGUGGACACUGGUGACCAAUCAGGCCAAUCUGGUGUCAAGUCUCCCCGGUCAGCCGAACAAAGUCAAGGAAGCCCGGAAGGAGCUGAGGGAGGAGAGUUCCAUGACAGUGGCGAUGUUCCACAGGAAACUUCUAUUCUGUCCAAUGACGAGGGACUAGAUCUGUCACAACGACUGUGUGAGAGUAUCUUCCUGGACUCAGAAGGGGAGGAGCUUCUCACAGAUGCCAGUCAGAGACUCCAGGGGUCAGUGACCCGUCUCCUCGAUAUGAUUGAGGACACCACCCACCAACUGACAGAUGCACGCCGCACCCAGCAUGAUCUUGUCUCGACCUUGUCGUCAGGACAACAGGAAUCACAGUCACUCGAGUCACGAUGCCAAGAGAUGGAGGAUCGACUUAGGGAACAGGUUGAGGCAAAAGAAUUCCUUGCCCUAGAACUACACAAAGCUGAAGGAUUAAUUGAGGGCUACAGUGCCGAACGUGAGAUGUUGGAACUGCGGAUACAGGAUCUUGAGGAACAGAAAGAGGCUCUUGUCCUUGAACUUGAAACAACACGAAACAAACUUGGCGACCUUGAGACUGUUCAUCACGAAGCCACGUCAUUGCGAGCAGAAAUCCAAAGGCAGCAUAAUCUGGUCCAGGAGAACGCUGGCGAGGAAGCACAAGCAUUGAUGCUGGAGGUACAUCGAGUAAAUGAAGAAAAGCGAGAUCUAGCCCAAAAACUACGUGAAUUACAAGAAAAUUAUGAUCAUCGUGUGCGUGAACUUGAAAAUGCUGGUGAGGAAACAGAACGUCAUUAUGUGGCCUUACUUGAGGAGAAGAAGGCUGAAAUGAAUGACCUUCGGCUCCAGCUAGAUGCAUCGGAGAAACAAAAUAAGGCAAAUCGUCAGUUUAUGGAGGAAGAAGCUGUGGAAAGGGAGAAAGAGAGAGAAGAAUAUCAAAGAGAAAUAGCGUCAUGGAAGCAGAAAAUUCUGGAUAGUCAGAAGGAGAAAAAGGUAGAGACAAGACUACAACGACAGGUGGAUGACUUAACAGAGCAGUUACAAAGUCAGUUGGACCGUGAUAGCGAGUUUGAGGAGCAGACAGCCCAACUCCAGCGUGAUCUCCAUGACAAACAGAUGAGUGCGGAGGAUAUGAGAGCCCUUGUCCUGGAGCAGGAGAAAGAUUUGGAGGAACGGAGUCGGAUGGAAGAUAUUUUGAGACAGAAACUGAGGGAUAUGGAAGAGGAGUUAUCCAAACAGCACCGAGUGAACACUGAACUGUCAGAUAUAAUCAAGCUCCCACCCAACAUUGAGUCAGACGAAGAAGAGACUGAAGAUGGAAACGGAGGACGUACAACAAACACUAGACAUCGGCGCCUUUUACCAUCACAACUGUCACUUCAACAAGAGGAGGAAUUGUUACAUGAAAAGGAGGCCUUACAGCGACGGGUAGAGCAGCUCCUGAAACAGAUCUCAGCCCUGGAGAAUAAGCUUGACACAAUGAGGCACCGCGGCAGUCUGGAUGAUGACAGCCAAACCGCUUCUCUUCAGAGACAGUUGGAAAGGCAGACAGAAAUAGUGGAGAGUCGUGAUAAACAGGUGGUUAUCAUUGAUAUCAGGGAUCAGUUGGAAGAACAAAAAGAACAGAUUGAGGAUUUAGCUGGUCAGCUUGUCAAUAAAGAACGCCUCAUACAACAGUUGACUGAACAUAUUGAGUCAACCGAGCAGCCAGAAGUCAAGAGCCAGCCUGAUCGUGACACAGUCAUUGAGAAGCUACAGGAUGAGAACAUGGAAAUGACAACGAAGAUCAAAUCACUACAGAAUAAAAUAGCCUCAACACCGAUGCCUGUCCUGAAUCAGAGUCUGAUUAUGGAGAAAAACCAAGAAAUAGACCAUCUUAAUAACCAGAUUGAACAACUCAACUAUGAGAUCGAACGUCUUCGUUCUGGACAGGAAAUAGCCAGAUUGCAGGCAGAGGUUGAUAGACAACAAGCAGAGUUAGAACAAUCCAAGACUGACAUGCAGUUCCUGAGAGCUUCACAAGCUUCUACCUUCUCUGGAGAUGGAUCUGAUGUUGAGGUUCCAGGAGUUACCGAUUCCUUCAGCGAAAAGACCAACCUUCAGCAAGAGAUACAGGACUCUCUUAAGCAUGAGGAGGAGGCAGAGGAGAUCCGUACAGAGCUACACAAAUCCAGGUCGGAGUUGGAGAAGAGGAAUGAAGAGUUUGGAAGACUUGGACAAGAAUUUGAAUCUCAAUUUAAAGCUGAUCAGACUAGAAUCCAGGAACUGACAGUACAUCUUGAACACCAACAAACUGAAAUUUCAGAUCUUAAAGAAAGACUUACAAAGAAAGAGGCGCUUCAGGCAAAGGCUGACCCAAGCAGUCCUUUGGACCAUGCACAGCUGAAGGAUAUUGUCCAGGAAAAGGAGAGUCAGAUUGAACAAAUGACCAUUCAGAUUGAAUCACUGAAUGCAGAAGUGGAAAGUCUGAAUGAUUUCCAGACAAAGUUAGCUGAAGAUUUUGACCUGGUACAGUCAAUGCUGGAGGAAAAAGAGAGAGAUAUUGACCUGCUCACCAAGGAACUCACAGAGAAAUCUGCAGAAAGUCCAAGUGCCCUUACUGCCCUUGAAUUAGAGAUAUCUAAACUUCAGAGAGAGUUGAAGGAACGUGAUAAUGUGAUUGAUGAGAAAGCAGAGGAGAUGUAUCUGCUGAAUGAGAAAAUUGAACAGCAGGAGGUGAUGUUAACAGAUUUGAAGACCCAGUCGGAAGAAGUGUCCAGUAGAAAGACUCCUGAAGAAGUCCAGGAACUCCUGAAGGAGAAAGAGGGUGUCAUUCAGGACAAAGAUCAGGAAAUUGUUAAACUACAAGACCAACUUGAUGCUGUCAAUGAACAUCUGAAGAUUGCUGAAAAUCUACAGAGGAAGCUGGAGGAAGCUGGAUUGGUAGGUCCGGAUAUUCUUAUGAAGGAAAAGGAUACCGAGAUCCAGAAACUGAAAGACCAGGUAGUAGACUUGAAAGAAAAGCUUAAAGCUGUGAUUGGAGAUGAAGGUUUAGAGAUCAUACAGGGGAAACAGGAAGAGCUUAUAGAGCAGAUCAAAGAGCUUGAGGCUUCCAGACUGAAAAAUGAGACUCAAAUUUCUCUUCAGAAGGAAGAGAUUGUGGAGCUGAGGAAUGAACUUGAAGCUACAACAAAGAGGAAGAACGAUGAAGUUGUAAAACACAAGGAAGAGAUCGAAGAGCUUAAGAAAGAGCUUAGUUCUCAGUCAAGUGAGACAGAAGUGACUGAGCUGCGAAUGGAGAUAGCAGGGCUCGAAGAUAAACUGCAAGGAUUUGAAGGACAGGAUGUGACAGAGUUAAGAAGGGAGAUAACUCAACUGAAUGAGGAGACAACAACUAAGGAUGGGGUAAUACAGAGACUGCAAGAGGAAGUGACAAGUCUGAGGCAGGAAGACACUGCUGAUACUGAAUCUGAACUUGAAAGUCUUCGUGAGGAAGUUGUCCAACUCAAACAGGAUCUCCAUGAUGCAAGGACUACUGAGCCUAGAAUACGUCAGACAGAGGCAGAAGGAGCAACUAUGGAAUUACCUACUCAACAGAGCCAGCAGAAUAUAACAGCUGAGAGUGUAAGCACAGUCUCUCAGGGCAAAUUGGUUGGAUUGGUGCCCCAAACAAGUAUGUCGGAGACUGAGCCUCGUGAGGUGACAGAAGAGCAGAUUCUUCCAGAGAUUUCAGAGAGAAUCCGUAGUCCUCCCUCAGGUAGAGACUCUGAGGAGACAAUUGAGGCCCUGGAAAGUAAAGUCCGGAGUCUGGAGAAGGAAGUGGAGACAACCCAGGCUUUAAAAGAAAAAGUUCAAGGUCUAGAAGAAGUAGUUAAGACUACCAAGGGCCUGGAAGAAAAAGUUCGCAGUCUAGAAAAAGAAGCUGAGACAAGCCAGACCUUGAAGGAGGAAGUCAGCAAAUUGGAAAAGAAAAUUGCUAACUACAAAAGUCAAGAGGAGAAAUUGCAGGGUUCAGCAAGUAUAUCAUCAAAUGAAAAAUCUGAGGAUUUUGAGAUAAAGAUUAAAGAACUGGAGGAGGAGCUUGAUAAGUACAGAGGAUUAGAGGUGAGUCAAGUUGUGGAGGAUCUGAAAGAAAAGGAUGAAGAGAUCUCCAUUUUACGGGAGGCUUUGAAUGCAAUGAAAAGUGGGGAGGAGGACCUCAACAACCUCUUACGGGAGAAAGACGACAGCCUCAUGGAGAUGGAGGGCAAGCUUGAAGGCAUGCGAACUGAUGGAGAAGUGUCAGAGGGUGACAAGCUUCUACAGGACAAAAUGCAUGAUGUUACAGCCCACCUUGCAGCCAAGGAAAGCGAGUACAAGACACUUCAGGAUGAAUAUCUCCAGGCCACAGCACAGCUUUCUGAUGCUAUCACCACACUGCAACAAAAGGAAGAGAAACUGUCACAGACUUCCGCACAACUGUCAGAGCGCGAGGAACAGCUUCAUUCCCUCCAGGGCGAGCUUCAGCUUCUGCAACAAGAGAGUGACGAAAAUCACAUACAGGAGCUGAAGUCUGAACUACAGGAAGUGAAGCGUGACAUGUCUCUCCUCCAGACAGAGAAAGAGGCAGAAUUUGAGGACAUGAAAGAGAAGCUAACACAAGCAGUGGAAUUUAGUGAGGCACAGCUACAACUGGUCGAAGAGAAGGAGGAAGAUUAUGUGAAACUGAAGCUGGAGAUGCAAGAAGCCAAUGUUAACUAUGACAGAGCCGUCAGGGAUCUGCAACAACAGCUGGAAAGGUCUGAGGCUGAGAGGGAGGAUGAAGUUACUAGUGUGAAAAACACUGCCAACAUGGCCCAUGCUCAGCAGCAGAAGGUCAUCUCCGACUUACAGAACCAGAUUCAGCAGCUGAAGGCUGUGACCGAGUCCUCUGUUGGAGCAGGAGAUGCUGUAGCUACUGUCACCAGUCUACAGACAGAAAUCAGGGAAAAGAAUGAAGCAGUUGAAGUCCUUGAGAAAGAGUUAGAAAAGUCAAAACUAGCUGUGGAAGAGAAAGCUGAAGAGCUCGAAAAAAUUCUUGAGGAGCUUCAGAGAGUUCGUACAUCACAGGUAAGAAAUGAAGAAGAGCUUGAGGCAAAGGCUCAGGAACUUGACUUAGUUUAUGCUGAUUUACAUAACAGCAAGCAAAGUCUAAAGACCACAGUUGAUGAGCUUGAGAGGAAAGCUCAGGAGCUAGAGACAAGAGCUCAGGAGGUAGCCAAGCUCAGAGGUGAGCUUGAUCAGUCAUCUGGGAUCGGACUUGACCUAGAUAUAGAUGUCAUACCGGAAGUGGCACAGAAACGAAUCAGUAGCCUUCAAAUGGAGCUCAACAUGUCCAAGGCCGCCUUGCUGGAGCUUCAACAGCAAGACACAUCAAAGCCACAAGAUGUCAGCCAGGUGCAGAGUGUUGAUGGAGAACAGAGGGAGCCACCUGUCCUUCGUCUCCGUAGUGACAGCCAGGAAAGUGAGGAAGAUUUUUCAACAUUAGAUACUGCAACACUGCGACUAAAGAUGGUGGAACUCACGCAGGAACUUAAGCAGACAUCAUCAGAGCUGGAACUCUUCCGAUCUUCUGCAUCACUCACAGCGAAAGAUUAUGUCAGGAAAGUGAUGGAGCUGAGAGAGGAGCUUUCUCAUCAGCACCAGCGACACAUACACGACAUUCAGGAGCGUGCACAUCACGAGAAAGACACCACACUCAUGCAGCUUCGCAUUCGUUACGAUGAUGAGAUUGAGCAUCUGCAUGUACUACAGAAAAAGGAACUGGAGAAAAAGGUGGGAGAAGUCAAGCGUGACUUGGAUAAACAGCAUAAAGCGGAAAUCAACCGAUUAGUGGCACGACACAAACAGGAAAUGGACCUGGCCAAAGUCCAGGAACCUGUCCUAGCACAUGAUCACUCUACCAUGGAACAUGUGGAGAGAUUGCAAGCAGAGAUCUCUUUAUCGGAAAAGUUAGACAAUCGUUUACGACAGUCAUUGUCUGACACUGCCCAAGGUCAAGGUCAAGCAGACACCGGUGAUGCUGGCAGUAUUGCUGCUUCCACAGCAACUGACCUUUCUUUCAAUGAAAACGUACCAGCACGCCUUCAGAAUUUGAUGGAACGCCUCCACAAAGAAAACGUCCAGUUACUGAGUAUGUCUGAGCUACAGUUCCUGAAUCGGCAUUUAGGUGCCGAUAAGGUGGACAAGGAAGCAGACAUCACAGCAUUACGGUCCUCCUGGGACAAUGAGAAACAGAGUUUAAUGUCAGCCAUAGGAUCCCUCAAGGACCUUCUUUCUCAGACUCACAAACUACGAGGACUGGACAAGGAUAAUGAGGCAGAGUUAUCAGACUUUUCGGCUGAGAUCACAGACUGGCGCGGUGAACUAUUACAGUCUGUUGGUUAUGUAUUUGCCAAGGAACGUGAAACAUUACUGGCAGAACUCCGCACACAUGUGAUGUCACACCCAAACACCGAUCUCACUGAGAUUCAUAAACUUGAAAAGAAGAUCAGAAACUCGGAGAGUCACCAGCGAUCAGCUUUAGACCAGAUCUUCCAUGCAGAUCGCCAGUCACUGCUAGCAGAGGUACGAGACUUACGGGCACAUAUAAACAUCUGUCAGAUACGCAGUCAGGAGGAGCGAGAAAGAUUAUCGGACCAACUCAAUGAGAUUGAGGACCAAGGCAAUAAACAGGAACGACAACUCAAACGACAGGUCAAACUCCUGGAGUACAAGCUCCAACAAGAGAAGAUUCUACAGGAUGAUAUACGCACUAGUCUGGAAAGCGAACGAGAACGCACUACUGAAUUAUCCAGCUCUCUCAGUCGUGAAAAGAUGAGUAACCUUGACCAUCAGACAGAUGUGGCAAAUCUAAAUCUUCAAGUCACCAAACUCAAGGAGAGUUUAGAACGAGAACAGAGUCGUUUCGUCUCUGUAACUCAAAAACAAGUGGGUGGUAUUUACAACGAUAUUUUUGCUUUGGGGGGUGCCCUGGAGGAGGAGAAGGGAAAAUGCCACACUCUUGGGGAGAGGUUAGAAGCUGAGAAGUACAAAGUUCGCGACCUUAAGAAUGACCUUGAAGAUGCUAAGGUCAGGUCAGAGGUCAGGGAUAAAAUCAACAGCACCAUUGAGAAAUUGGAAUCAGACCUGAUGACAGAGCGUGACCUGAGAAUAAAGAUGGAGAAUUCUCAUGAAUUAGACAGAGUGAAGAUCAAUGCCCUUCAACAGGAUCUCAAUACAGAACGCAAAAACUUGCAAAUGUUUGAGGCAGAAUAUGAAACAAAAGUGACAGAAUUAAAAACAGCUCUAGAGCUAGAGAAAAUCCGUGCUGCUGAUUUAGUCAGUGCACUUGAGAAGGAACAGACUGCCUGCCAUAAUCUGAGACAGAGUUUGUAUGAACAACAAAAUUCUGCAGAAAAAUCAGACAACAAAGGUAUUGUGGAAGACCUCCAGGUUGCCUUGAAAACAGAAAAGGCUUUGGUGAUGGAUUUACGUGGCGCACUCGAACAUGAUAAACAUCGCAUGGCUGGGAUGGUUGCUGCUGUGAAAUCGGAACGAACGGCAAUGCAGGAUGAACUUCAACAAGAAAGGGAGACAACUCGCCAGAUAAAACAUGACAUUGAUACCCUACAGCUUCAGAAUCUGGAGUUCACUCGCAUGUUCGAACGCGAGCGGGAACAGGUAUCACGCCUGAAAGCUGAGCGGGAACAACUACGGUCAGAAGUAAAAGCCAUCCAGGAUGCAGAUAAUGAACGGGAGCGACUUCGGGACACAGAGAAACUGUCAGAAAGACGACGGCUAAGACAAGUGGAGCGAGAGAGGGAUGAUCAUAAAAUGAAACUGCAUGAGCAGACAUUGGAAGCACAGAGACUAACACAGAAGGUGCUGGACCUACAGGACCAACUGGCUCAGAGCCGGGAGAAGGAAUUGGAUGCUAUCCGUGACCUGGAGCAGGAACGCUUGUCAACCAUUCAAUCUCAGUUCUAUGACGGGUUCCAGCACAAUGGCUCCCCGCGAGGGACACCAAACACAAAUCAUGAUCAGUGGAACGUUUACAAGGCUCAACUCCAGAGUUUAAGUCAGAGUCUACAGUACCUUAUCCUACAGUACCGGGACAGUCUGGACCGCAGCUCAAAAUCGGAUGGAAGCAGGGAAAUGCAACAUGCACUUAGUGACCUUCUCAGUGAACUGAAGCAACUACAGAUGCCACUAGAGUUUGAGUCACAGAAUGAGUCUAACCUCUUGGCACGACCAAAUCCUUCUGUAAUCAACGAACGAGUACUUCGUCAUAAUGCCGAUCUUACCAGUUUUGUGACACGUCUGACUGAGGAGAAGAUGGAUCUACGCAACUCUCUUGGACAAAUGGAAGAACAGCUGUGGCACCAACAACAAAGGGGGACAACUCACCAGAAUGGAAAUACAACUGACGGUGCUACUAACCAGUUCGAGGAACGUGCAAACUGGGCCAAAGAGAGGCUGUCCCUCCAACUGACACUUAAUGAUGCUGAACAACGCAUUGACCAGCUUACAGCUAAUCUGAGAAUGGAGCGUGACCGACGGUCAGUGAUGGGCAGCAGUGGUUCUGAGUCUGACAGAGAGAAGAUCCAGAGACUUUAUGGUAAAUAUCUGCGAGCCGAAAGUUUCCGGAAGGCAUUGGUAUACCAAAAGAAGUACUUGCUGUUACUGCUUGGCGGAUUCCAGGAUUGUGAAGAAACAACUCUUGCCAUGCUUGCCCAAAUGGGCGCAUAUCCCUCUCCCGAGGACGUGAAUCAACAUCAACACCGACGACGUCCCUACAACAUCUUUAGAAGUGCGGCAAGAGUCAUUGUUGCUGUUACUAGGAUGAAGUACCUGGUGAAGAAAUGGCGACGGGCCACAAGAGUCGGCUCUCCUGUAGUGGGUGGAUCUGUCAACACUCAACAAGCCUACAUGCCAACUGAUGGUAGUUUUUCACCCCCAAGACUAACUAGUGGGCGGAAUUUCUCUCCUCCUAGGAUCAAUGGGUCGCCUCCAUAUAACUCAAACACAUCAAUGACACGCCCAUCCCAAGUCACAUUUUCAGCAUCCUUACCUCCAGGAGACUCUGACUCAAACUCUCCAUCCUCCUAUCAGCCCAUAGCAUCUCGCCCUUCUGCCGCAGUAGGAUCAACUCCCCCUACAAAGGAAUAUAGUCUGACAAGACAUGUCGCCUCCCGUGACUCCAAAUCUGGUGCUAGAAGAAAACUUUUAUCUUUAUCUCAUCAAACUAAACCAAGUUCACACAGUUCUGAAAGUUCCCAUGGAAAUCAAGGUGCCACAUCACGACAGUCUGAACAGCCUAAAGAAGCUCUCCAUGACGACUACAUUAAGCGUUUAGAGAGUCUACAAAAAACACUCAGCAAUAUGAGUAGCUCAUCAGGUACGCCACGCCGGGGAUCCUCGAUGCAUUAUCACUAAUGUCAUUUUUGUCGUAUGACAGACGUAUGACAUGAUCAGAAGUGCUUGUUAUACCAAUAAUUAUGACCUAUAAAUGUAUAUUACUGGCACCAUAUUAUAACAAGGGUUCUGUGAUCCUUGGCAUUCAAGCAAAGUCUGCUUGAAAUGAAGCUUGACUUGUGAAAUUUUUUUCAGCAAUUGUCAUGAAGUUAACAUCUUUGAUUCACUCUUUCAGAAAGUUCAGAACAUAUUUUUUGGCUAUGUACAUACAUCAGAUAUCUUAUAUAGCAAACCGUGUUAUACAAAGAACUACCUAUAUAUCUGCAGAUUGUUUAUGUCAAAAUUCAUCUCUUAUGCUAUUUUUGUAUGUUAUACUCAGAAUCUUGGUCAUUUAAGUGACACCGUUGGCUACAUUGUAAGCAUCAAUAAGUGUGUACCAACUCUGUAGAUUGAAGACAAAUAAUUAGUUCAUUAAAGAUUGACAACUGAGUGCAGAUAUUUUGUAUCAGAUAAUAUAUGUUUUUGUUUUGUGUAUUUUCAGGUUGAGCUAUAAGAUACUGGGUAAUACUUAUAUAGACUGUACUGACUAAACUGUGUAUAAUACUAACCCUACCACUGUUUGGUGUUUUAGAUAACGAAUCCGACCUAUGGUAGAAUACAGGUAAAGCGUUCGGUGAUUUCGGGUAUAUCUUCUCUACAUCCCAAUACACACCCAUAUAAAGGCAAUAUUCCAUACACUUUACUAUUCAUUUCUUAUGGGACCAGUGCUGGAGACGAUUUCUUUUGGUUUCAGGUCAAUGUCGUGUAAAAUACAUAAAUUUCCAUCAUUUUACGUUUUCUUUUCAAGUAUUCUGGAAGCAAAUUCUUUGUUGUAUAGUUUAAUUUGAUAAGAUAGUAUUGAAGGUAAUUCCAUGUUAUCAUUACUAUCCUUAAAACACAUCUUCUUUGUAUUGUACAUCAUAACAAUGUGAAUGCCACAGGUACAUCAUGUGGAUAUUUGGUUGAAUAUCAGAAAUAUUUUCCAUGUUGCCUUUGAAAAUUACUUUAUUAGCCAAUUUUUCUCCAAAACUGAUCUUCCCUGAUCCUUAUAUACAAGUAGACUACUGGUGAAAGCUGGGUUUUUUUUUUUUUUUUUUUUGGUUCACUUUUUAUCUAGGUACAUGCAUUAUUGGGUUUUAGGUAAAAGAAAAAAUGUCUGUACAGUGGAAAUAUUGGCUGUAUAUAACAACCUAUACUGGUGAUGGCUGGAACUGAAAUAUAUAAUCAAAAAAAUAUCAAAAAAUAGCACAGAUACAAUAUUUACUAUUAGCCUACACUUUUUAUCUGGUCUGGUAUAUUGUUAAGGAAUAUGAACUUUUACAUGAAAAAUGGUGAAGAUUAAUACUUUUUAUAAUUAUUAACUUGCCUUUCUUCAUUUUUGGUGGAGGGGAAGGGGGUUGAUAAUGCACAGUUUUAGUCUGUCAAUGAGAAAACGCUGAACUUAUUACCAGAAGUUACACACAACUGAUAUGGCUAUUUCUGUGGGUGUGAUCAUGAUUAUAACUUUAUGUAGUUGAUACAAGGACUUAACAGCCUUGCUUAUAAACAUGUCAGCCAUAAGAUUGAAACAGGGUCUUACAAUAUCUUACAAGAUAAAUAUUUCAAGAUAAAGUAAAGAUGGAUGUUAUACUGAUGAUUAUGUCUGCAAAACAGGUUUAAGAUAUCACUACAACAUCUGAAGAUAUUACACAUACGCCAGUCACUGAUUUUAUAAAAUUUGUAGAUUUUUAUCUAAAAAUGUUAGAAUUCUUAUUGAAAAAUCACAUUUAACACCCUUUGUUACUAAGUAUGUCUUCAGAGAACUGUUUUAUUUAAUGAUAAGAUCAAAUGAAACUGCAUUUAUUUUAUAAUUUUGAACACACCCACUAGAGACGAUCAAAGUUUAGCUUUGAAAAAGAGCCGGUUUAACAAGCUUCGCUUCUAUCCGACUAUUGUGGCUGUCUUGCACAUUGUGGAUUUGGCUAAUAAUGAUGUAGUUAACCUGUGUGCUUCAUAUCACUAGAUACAGUGCAUGUUUGGUUUGUGGUAGAUAUUAGUAAAAAUGAUGGUUUGUUCUGUAAGUCAGUGUGAACCAGCUAAAUGGACAAAUCUAACAUUCGUGAAAUCUCAAGUCGACCAUCUCGGAUGAAAACGCAAACCUGCUGACCUUGACCAGUGUGUUGUGGUAUUAUGGGAUGUAACGGAGGAUAACGAGUGGAAAAAAUAUGCCAAACAAGUCUACAGUGCCAUGAUUAUAAACCUGUAUAAAUGAUAUAAACAGUAUGUUUGGUAUCUCGAUGUUUGAUUCAGAAUUAUAUAUAUAUUCAUCAAGGACAGAAGUCAAAUUACACUGACCAUUUUAAGUGCAGAGGCAGAUAUUGUUAAGAAAUUCAAUACUCAGGUAUAAGCAUAUCAUCUGUGGCGUCUCUCCUAGCAGAGCUGUCAGGGAAAGAAGUAUAGAUGUAUAAGGUGCCAUGUUUAUCCUGUCAUAAGCCUUGGGGUCCAACAUUGGACUCAAAAGUAUAGAAAUAGGCAUAUUGCCAAGCUAAUGCGUAACCUGUGAAGGAAGGGGACGGACAUACACAGCAAUUCUACACAUGUAUUCUACUGAAACUGAGAUAUAUGGAUGGGCUGAUAACCAGAUACAGGCUUACUGUUGGAUAAACAUGUGGAAUAUGUAUUGAAAUAUUAUAACGUUUCAAAAUGUUGGUGUGGGACCAAAAGCAAAUGACAUUAACAUUUCUGUAAAGAAAAAGAUUCACGGUUCAUUAAAUUUGUCUGAAGAGCAUCUCAAUUCAUCAUCCCAUGAAAUCGACUCAAGCAAGAUUCAAUGCUUAAAUGGUUGACAUUUCCGUAAAGAAGACCAUGUUAGUCAGUUAUACAGAUUUAUACCAGAAAUGAUAUUAUCAUUAAAAGCUUUUUAUUGAAAUAUUUUGCUACUUCAACAUUUAAAAGGAAGCUAUGGUUGUAAUAUCCAUGAGUAUGUAUCCACAGCCUGAGAUAUAUAUAACAGCCCAUACAUAUUUUAGAGUGAAUCUCCUUAUCCUCUAUAUUCUAGGACAAGACAGGUGGUCUUUGGUACAAUUUAUUAUUGUGUAGGCACAGUGUAAACAUUGGGAGAACAGAACAUAUAUUUCAUUUUUCUUUUUCUCAUCAGAAAUGGAAAGAAGUUGUUUGCAACAUAUCAAUAUUAUAAAUUCAUGAUAACAGUUAAAAAGAAAUCAGUUUUUUCGACACAAAAAUUGCAACACAGCAUCACACUUAGGUGAAUAUGAGAGUGUGUUGGUUCUGGGAUAUUUGUCUGUGAUGACUGUACACUAGUCAGAAAUACACGAGGACAUUUACUCAGUGAUAUGUUACCUAGCAAUGGAUCCUUGUUAAUCUCGACACUUUGAGAAAUAUUAACUUUCUGUGAAUAUUACUGUUUAAAUUAACAAGGUUCUGUUUAAUUAUUGCUUAUUAAAUUAUUAUGAAUUGUUUACAUAUAUGCAUUUAUCCACAUCAUUGCCAUAGUAAGGAUAUUAUGUUAUAAGGUUAUGUGCUGAAAUAGUUGCCUUGUAGUAUACAACUGAAAUAUUGUUUUAUAUUAGAAAUGUACAAUAUUACUGUCUCACUAGUUUGUUGAAACAUGUGCUUGUUAAAAUGUCUUGUAGUAAGGCUGUUUGAUGAAAAUUAAGGGACCAGCAUGGGUUUGAAUUUGAUUAACAUUUCGUAAUGAUUUUCAGUGUGAAACUUAAAAGUUUGAACUUACUGCUAAGUUACAACAUGUAUUCACAAUUUCUGAGGAUACAGUUAAUCAUGAAUAAUAUUACUGGACCUGAGUAUUCAGCGAGUGACUGAAAUUCCAUUUUGACAUGUAAGUUUGAAGAUGUACUAUCUUUUGGAAAUAUUGCAUCAUUUCUCUGUUCUCAUAUAGGAAUGAUUGCCAAUGUCACAUUUCGAUAUUUUAUGGACAAAUUGUUUUGUUAUUUUCUUACGCAAUUUUUUUAUUUUAAGUUUGCUAAACUGUGAAAUCCACAUUUGAUAUUCAUCUGCUAUAUACAAUAUGCAUUUUUGCUGUUUGUGAUAGCUGGAAUAACAAGUAUUAGAAUACCAUGUAGAUAUGUAUUUUAUAAAUUGGGUAAUUGUGACUUGAAUGCCGUAAUGCUUCUUAUUGGUAGCUUUUACAUGGUUAGCCUUAAAUCAUACGAUAUGAUCGUGUAUCUUAAUCUUCGAUAAUCGACAUUAUUAACGGUAUGCUUAUUGCAAAGGUUAAUGUUUCAUUUAAGAAAUAUUCAAACCAAUUAAAAUAAAAUCAUGCAUGACAAAUGUUUGAUUUUUCAACCUUUAAUUAAGAUUAUUCUGAUUAAAAUUUUUUAAAUGAUGUCACCAUGGUUUUUUGUGUUCAAAUCAUUGGAAUAUUUACCAUAAUUGAUUUGAACAAGUAUAUGCAAUGAUAUAUCUGUGUGUAUGUAAGUAUGUAAAUAUGUUAAUAUAAGUAGACUGAGGGAUGGAUGAGUCAACCAUUUCAUUUAUUCAUGUUCUUUAAAGUAAAUAUGUUAUUAUUCCUAAUAAAAGGGAACAAUUCAGAAUAUAAAAUAAAUUAUUUUGAUAUCAAAA